AUGCACGGAGCGGCCCGCGCGCCGGCCACCAGCGUGAGCGCUGAUUGCUGCAUCCCGGCCGGCCUGCGCCUGGGGCCGGUGCCGGGAACUUUCAAGCUGGGCAAGUACCUGUCAGACCGCAGGGAACCCGGGCCCAAGAAAAAGGUGCGCAUGGUGAGAGGGGAGCUGGUGGACGAAUCGGGGGGCUCCCCUCUGGAGUGGAUAGGGUUAAUCCGGGCAGCCAGGAACCCCCAGGAACAGACUCUGGAAGCUAUUGCAGACUUACCCGGAGGACAGAUCUUCUACCGAGCGUUGAGAGAUGUCCAGCCAGGGGAGGAGCUGACCGUGUGGUAUUCCAACUCUUUGGCUCAGUGGUUUGACAUCCCCACAAUUGCAACUCCGACACACGACGAGAAAGGGGAGGAGCGCUACAUUUGCUGGUAUUGCUGGAGGACGUUCAGGUACCCCAACAGCCUUAAGGCGCACCUACGUUUCCACUGUGUGCUCAGUAGCAGCGCAGGCCGCGCCUACCUGCACCAGGAGCACGCGCCUCGCCAAGGCGCUGCCCCGGCCGCAGAUGGCCUUUGCCUUCCUCCGAAACACCCAGUGCCCGACUUCGUCGGGGCCGCCAUGGCGGGCACUCUGCGGCCCCAUCCGCAGGCACCACCGCCUAUCCAGGCCUGCGGAGCGAGGGAGAGCAUCAAGCGCGAGGCCACUUCUGCGCUCUCGGUCACCUCCCCGACACCCGCCAAGUGGGGGCUGUCUAAAAAGAGCAAGGAGCAGCCGGACCGCGCCCUGGACACGAGCGGGCCCCCCCGGGGACAAGGCCACUUCCUGGGCAUCAUGGGAGGCUCUCCAGCGGGGGGCGGCGGCCUGGCCUUCUACCCUGGCGUGCGCUCGGCUUUCAGGCCGGCCACUUUGGCCAGGACCACCGCGACCGCUCUUGGCGACGCCUACCGGGAGGAGGGCGGUGGCAAAUCCGGUGCUGGUUUGCUGGGAGGGGGGCGGGCGGGAGGGCGUCCCGGAAGCCGGGAGAACCCGGCGGCGGGAGGUUUGGGCCAUCACCAUCACCACCACGCUCAUCACCACCACCACCCGAAGUGCCUGCUCGCGGGGGACCCGCCGCUGCCGCCCCCGCCCGGUUUGCCCUGUUCCGAGGCCCUGCGCAUCCCUCUGCUCCCCGGGCCCCGGGAAGAGGCGUCUGCCUUCAAGCACGUGGAGCGCGCCCUGCCCGCCGCCGCCGCGCUGCCAGGAGCAAGAUGCGCGCAGCUGCCCCCAGCGACGGGCGUGCACCUCGAGCGCUGCGCGCUGCCGGCCCUGGGCGCGAGCGGGCUCAAAGCCUACCCCGGGAGCGAGUGCAGCCACCUGCCCGCCGUCAUGCCCGCCUUCACGGUCUACAACGGGGAGCUACUGUAUGGCUCACCGGCCGCUGCGGCUUAUUACCCGCUCAAACUGCACUUCGGGGGGCUGCUCAAGUAUCCGGAGUCCAUCUCCUACUUCAGCGGGCCCGCAGCGGCGGCGGCGGCGGCGGCCACCCUAAGCCCCGCCGAGCUGGGCUCCCUGGCCAGCAUCGACCGGGAGAUUGCCAUGCACACGCACCAGCUCUCCGAGAUGGCGGCUGGGAAAGGCCGCGGCCGCCUGGACGUAGGCACACUGCCACCAGCCGUCGUGGCGUCGGGUGGCGCGGGGGGUGGCGGCGGCGGGGGAGGCGGCGCGGGCAAGCCCAAGACAGGCCACCUGUGCCUCUACUGCGGCAAGUUGUACUCGCGCAAGUACGGGCUCAAGAUCCACAUGCGGACGCACACCGGCUACAAGCCGCUCAAGUGCAAAGUGUGCCUGCGGCCCUUUGGCGACCCCAGCAAUCUCAACAAGCACAUCCGGCUGCACGCCGAAGGCAACACGCCCUACCGCUGCGAGUUCUGCGGCAAGGUGCUGGUGCGCCGCCGGGACCUGGAGCGCCACGUCAAGUCCCGCCACCCCAGCCAGAACCUGCUCGCCAAGGCGGGCGACGGGCCGGGCGCGGAGCCGGACUACCCCCUGGACCUGGGGGAGUCCAAGAGCGACAACGACAGCGACGUGGACGUCUGCUUCGCGGACGACCAGAGCGACCCUGAGGCUGGGGGUGGCGGUGAGCGCGUCUCCUAA